UAGAGAGGAGGGUGUCGUGCCCGCUGUUCCACGACAGGGAUUGAGGGGUCGGAGUGGACUCUGGUCUGUCUCGGACUGCCCUGGAAGCCACCAUCUUUCUGGGAUAAGAUAUAUUAUUAUGACCUUUAUUUUUAAUGGAAGAUGAUUGAAUGUGAAAACUUAAACCAGGAAGAAAUAAUUAAAGAACUGUGUUUAUGCAAUGGUUUGUCUUAUGAGAUGGUUGGACAAGAAGGAUCAGAUACUUCAAAACUGGAGAUGUUUUUCUCAGGGUAUCCCCGUAUAGUUGGAUUAUCAUUAUUUCCUAAUUUAACAAGUCUCACAGUUGUUGCUCAAGAUAUAAAAGAAAUUUCAGGGCUAGAAACUUGUUUACAACUUAAAGAACUCUGGAUUGCUGAAUGCUGCAUAGAGAAAAUUGGAGGUCUUCAAGAAUGUAGAAAUUUAGAAAAACUGUAUUUAUAUUAUAAUAAAAUUUCCAAAAUAGAAAAUUUAGAGAAAUUAUUCAGAUUGGAGGUUCUCUGGCUGAAUCACAAUACAAUUAAAAAUAUUGAGGGCUUGCAAACUUUGAAGAAUUUAAAUGACCUCAACCUUGCUGGAAAUCUAAUAAGCAGCAUUGGUCGAUGUCUUGAUCCCAAUGAACAACUGGAAAGAUUAAACCUUUCUGGUAACCAAAUAUGUUCUUUCAAGGACCUCACUAACUUGACCAGGCUGUGUCACUUAAAGGAUUUGUGUCUGAAUGAUCCUCAGUAUAAAGCCAAUCCAGUUUGUCUGCUGUGCAAUUAUUCUACACAUGUAUUGUAUCACUUGCCUAACCUUCAAAGACUUGACACGUUUGAUGUGUCAGCAAGACAGAUCAAGGAACUGGCAGAUACCACAGCAAUGAAAAAAAUAAUGUAUUACAAUAUGCGUAUAAAAACUGUUCAGAGGCAUCUUAAUGAAGACCUUGAAAAACUGAAUGAUCGAAAAUGCAAAUUACAGAAGUUGCCAGAAGAACGCAUAAAAUUAUUUAGCUUUGUGAAAAAAAAUCUGGAACGAGAACUUGCUGAACUCAAGGGAUCUGGCAAAGGGCACAAUGAUAGAUCCAAUAACAAUAAAGUAACUGAACUUGAAAAAUCAAAGAACUGUGAAACUGUUACAGAAGAACCAAAUCUUCAACAGAAGAUACUGACCAAACUAAAUGCCUUGAAUGAAAGGGUAACAUUCUGGAACCAAAAAUUAGAUGAAAUUGAAGCAAUUUAUCGUGUUGAACUAAAGCAAAAGAAGAAAAGUCAUGGAUUAUUGAUCCCAUUUUUGUUAAUUGAGUUGGAAACUGUGGGAAAUAUCCAUUUUGAAGAAGGCACGCGAUCUGAUGACUGGUUUAACUCUUGCUAUGAAUUAAUUCUCUCACGUUUUUGUACAUGGGACUUCAGAACAUAUGGUAUUACAGGAGUGAAAGUAAAACGUGUCACCAAAGUCAACAACCGUAUUCUGAGACUAAAAUUUGAAGAGAAAUUCCAAAAGUUUUUUGACAAUGAAGAUAUGCAUGAUUCAGAGAACUAUCGAAAGAUGCUGGAAUGUCUUUUUUACGUUUUUGAUCCUGAAGUUACAGUGAAGAAAAAGCAUCUGCUCCAAAUACUUGAAAAAGGAUUCAAAGACAGUGAGACAAGCAAGCUGCCUCUCAGAAAAGAAGCUGUGAUUCUUGCUAACAGCCUCAGUAUGUGUGAGUGCCCCAGAAUUGAAUUUUUACAGCAAAAGUACAAAGACGAGAAGAAGAACUGUCUUGAGCCUGAGGUCUUCAGGCAUGGCAUCCUCCUCAUUACAAAGGUCUUCCUUGGACAGAGUGUUCAGGCUCGUGAACAGGACUCCAUCAAUCAAGCUAACUAUCCAAUGGUUAAUUCAGUGUUCGUUCCUCGAAAAUAUAUACUAAAUUCUGUCAUGGGACAAAGAAACUGUGAUUGCAGCGUUCGGCAGUGCAAGUGGUUUGUCUUUGAUCAUGACCUUGUUUUGCCAGAAUACAUUGUUGAAUUUGAGUAUAUUACAGUGGUCAAGCCUCGCUCUUUAUUUUCUUCAUUCAACAAUAUUAUUUUAGAAGAAAGCAAAAAAUAUUCAGAAGGAUCAGUAUUGUCCCAGGAUUUGAAAUUUGAUGAUGAAGUUAUAAAAAUGGAUCCCAGGAUUAAGCCCAGACCAAAACUUAUUAGUUUGGAUGAUAAAACAAUACUUUCUCUUGCCAAGACUAGCAUUUACAGUCAUAUUGUGAAUCUGAAUCUCCAUGGAAAUAGCUUGAGUAAAUUGAGAGAUCUCUCCAAGUUAACAGGACUUCGAAAACUUAAUAUCAGCUUCAAUGAAUUUACUUGUUUAGAUGAUGUAUACCACCUGUAUAACCUUGAAUAUUUGGAUGCAAGUCAUAACCAUGUGAUAACCCUAGAAGGAUUUAGAGGUCUGAUGAAACUGAAGCACUUAGACUUAAGCUGGAAUCAACUGAAAAAAUCCGGUGAUGAAAUAAAUAUGUUAUGCAAACACACUACAAGCCUUCUUACUCUUGAUAUUCGGCAUAAUCCAUGGCAAAAGCCAGCCACAUUAAGGUUGAGUGUUAUUGGCAGAUUAAAGACUCUUACUCAUUUAGAUGGACUCCUCAUUUCUGAAGAAGAAGCAACAGCAGCUAUGAAAUUUAUUACUGGAACAAAGAUUACUCAGUUCUCUCUCUUACGGCAUUCUGGUACUAAAGAAGAGAGACCACGGAUACUUAGCAUAUGGCCUUCUGCCAAAAUUCUGACACAGAUUUCAAAGUUAGGACCACAUUUACAUCUGAGUGGAAACUGGUACUUGAAGAUAACUGCUUUAAAUUUAGAUGGGCAACAUCUCUUUGAAAUCACAAAUUUAGAAAAAUUGGAAAAUUUGAAAUGGGCAUCAUUUAGCAACAAUAGUCUCACUAAAAUGGAAGGCUUGGAAUCCUGUGUUAACUUGGAAGAGCUCACAUUGGAUGGAAACUGUAUCUCAAAGAUAGAAGGCAUUUCCAAGCUGACUAAGUUAACCCGCCUCAGCAUAAAUAAUAAUCUUCUCACUGGUCUGGAAAAACACACCUUUGAUAACUUGCUUCAUCUUCACUUCCUUUCUCUUGAGAACAACAGAAUUACUUCAUUGAGUGGUUUACAAAAAGCUAUUACUCUGAUUGAAUUAUACAUAAGCAAUAACUAUAUUGCUCUCAAUCAGGAGAUCUACAAUUUAAAGGGUUUAUGCAACCUGGUCAUUCUUGACCUGUAUGGAAAUAUUAUUGUAUGGAAUCAAGAAAACUACCGGUUGUUUGUAAUAUUUCAUCUUCCAGAACUGAAAGCUUUGGAUGGAAUCUCAAUUGAACCACCAGAGACUGAAUGUGCAAAAGAUUUGUUUGGUGGCAGACUUACUUCUGAUAUGAUUGCAGAACGACAUGGACAUUCAAACUUCACCCAAAUGCAAGAACUAAAUUGGACUUCAUCAUCCAUCAGAACUGUGGAUUUGAUUCCAGUUGACCAAUUUAGAAAUGUAUGUAAUGUGAAUCUGCAAAACAAUAAUCUUACCUCAUUCAGUGGAUUAAUCUAUCUGCCUAAAGUGAAGGUCUUAUGCCUCAAUUAUAAUCAUAUUGAAUCCAUCGUGCCCAGAGUAAAACCUCAGACUCAUUUGACCAACAGACAGCUACUCUACCAGAAAGUGCCUUCAAGUGGCUACGGACAACAAGGAACUUCAAAAAUAAACAGAGAUACAAUGAGCAGUGAAAAUUUGCCUCCAAUAAUGCACAGUUUAGAAGUGCUUCAUUUGGGCUACAAUGGAAUUUGUAAUUUAAUUCAGCUACAGCUUAACAGACUAAGAAAUUUAAAAUUCCUCUUUCUACAGGGGAAUGAAAUCAGUCAAAUUGAAGGGCUUGACAAUUUAGCAGUCCUUCAGGAAUUGGUAGUGGACCAUAACCGCAUCAGAGCAUUUAAUGAUAGUGCCUUUGCCAAACCAAGCUCUCUGUUGGCACUUCACCUGGAGGAAAAUAGACUACGAGAGCUGAGCAAAUUACAACCUUUGGUAAAACUAGAGAAACUCUUCCUAGGAUAUAAUAAAAUCCAGGAUAUGGCAGAACUGGAAAAACUUGAUGGUAUCUCUUCUCUCAAAGAGCUUACAGUUUAUGGCAAUCCAAUUUGCAGAAAAACAUUACAUCGCCACAUGCUCAUAUUUCGGCUGCCUAACUUACAGAUGUUGGAUGGAAUUCCAGUGAAUUCAGAUGAUAGAGCUAAAGCUGAAUUUCAUUUCUCUGAAUUCCAAGCAAAGAAAACUUCGUGUAUUCCUGUUACCAGUUCUCCAAUGGAUGGUGGGUCAUUUGGCCAAGUGAAAGCUCCUCCCAUAAAGAUAACAAAUGUAAUUCUGCCUGGUGCAUUUAACCAUUACCUGGGAUCCGACUUCACUUUAACUCCUGAAGUAGAAGACAAAAAAAACAAGAAUGCAGGCAUUCUGACAAAUAAUCCUCGGAGCAUCCAUGCAGAAAUAGCUUUUCGGCAACUCAGAGGAAUCAAUCUCUCUCCAUCUCUUUUAUCACAUCAGAGUAUGGCAUCUCCAACUGCACAAAUGUACCAGAGCAACCCAGAUGAGGGAAGGUAAAACUAUUGUUUUAAUAUAAUUUCUCAUCAUUAAAAAAAUCCCCAAAUUUGCUAGUCAUGUAUAAAAAUGGGAAAUACUGUUAUAUAUUUGUUAUUUAUUUACUGAGAGCUGGAAAAAACUGUCAGAUAGCAUAAGGCUGCUUCUUCCACAUUCACCAAACUUUCCCAAAGUCCUGUAUAGAAAUGGCUGUCAAGGUAGAAUAGUUCUUAUCUAAUGCUUAUAUGAGGGAACACUGAAAUAAACACAUAAUUUCACUCUCCCAAGUCCCUUCUCAUUAAAUAUGCAAAGCAGUUCACUUAUAUAUUUUUUUCUUUUUUUUUUAUUUCACUUAUAUUUUGAACAACAGAUAUAUUCAAUUCUGAAAGCACAAAGACUAAGAAUUUUGUAAAUUCUUCAAGCCUCUCUUCUGGACUGGACCCAAGCCCUAGAGGCCAACUCAGUGCAUAAGAACCUGUUACUUCUCAUUAAGAAUCCAGUCUGUUGCUCAACAGCUGUCCACCUAGAUUUCCAGUUACUACCUGUCUCCCGGCUGUUUUGUAGCCAAGGUCCAAUUCAUCAACACAUCUAGUGUAGACCUGCUGACUUCCCUGCUAAGUCUUCAGGAUAACCUGGUUUUUAGAUGUCCAAGAAUAGGGUUAUUCUCUAGUUACUGUCUUUUUGAAAUUGAACACAUAUAAAAUACAGAAAUUUACUGCAGAAUUACCUUAAAUUAGCUGAUCCAUUAAGAAGAUAAGUCAUAAUUAUUUGACUCAUAAAUAUUUUAUUUCUGACAGAAUUCCUGGCAGCCACUUUCCCAGAUCAAAUCGAAUGUAACUGCCUAGAGAAAUGAAUAUACGCACCAAGAAACCUAUUUCUGUUUAGCAGUUGUACAAAAACUAGCAGGCAGUGUUAGUGAAAAAAAUACCAAAGACAAUCAUGUUACUUAUUUUACUGAAGCACUUCAGUUCCAUAUGAAGAUAAUCUCUAUCACCCUGGUUGAAUUUUAUUUAAUAUCACCUCUCUUAAACUUUCAUUAUGGUUAUCUUACUUAUUCAUUUGAAUUUCUGUAUUAGAAAAACCAUGAACCAUUAUAUCAUAUAAUUUGAAAAGAUAGAAGUGACAUAAAACAAAGUCCAGAGAAUCAAAUAUUUAAUCCUGGUAUUGGAAGCAUUUAGUUACAAAAUCUAAUUAAUGGCCUGUCAUGUGAAGACACUAAGAAAAGGUAAUUCUAGUAAAUAAGCAUAUCUUAUUUGUUGAAUAUUUACUUAUUUGGAGUUAACUAAAACUAAAACUAAAGCAUGCAUUUCUUAUCAAACACAACUAUUACUAAAGCAAGUUGACCUUUGCUCAUUGAACUACAAAUUACUUUUUUUAGGACUAUUAUUGGGCUUAAACCGGAUCUGCCCUCUUGUUUAGCAAUGCAAAUUAUGGGCAUCAGUAGUACUUCCUAAAGGUGGCUAACUGUCAGUGCAACCAGGCAUUCAUGCUCUAAGAAUAAAAAAGUACUAUUUCAAAUAAAAAAUUUGUUAACUGUACCCAUAUUAAUAUGAUUUUAUAAACAAUUUUAAGCUAAAAAGAACACAUGUUCAAAUUGAGUGGACAUGUGUAAAUUUGAAACCUUUAAUUAUAUUUCACUGGAAUAAUUUUUCUAAAAUAUUAUGCUGUAUAGUCCUAGGACAGAUCACAAAUAAAUCAAACAUGGUUUUGAAUUUCAUUGUUUUAUUAAAUACAGUGCUUUAAAUUAAUGACUAACUUGCCAACCAUAUUUUAAUAAAAGUGGACUCUGAUUCAUGAGCCCAUUUUCCAAGUAUUUGUUCUACAUUGCAUGUAGUUUUCAUACUAUUUUAGAUGUUCCUUAUAUGAAAAUAAAGUUUUACUAAAAUAUUUGUAUUUUAUAAUGUAUCUGGAAAUAGACUUAAAGAUGUUUUGGAAACUAAUUCCACUGUGUAUGCAACAACUU